AUAUAAGAAGUUUAAUAACAUUCAAAAUCAAUCUUUAAACAAAAAAUAAAACAUUUAUAAUACAUCAUCUUCCUUCCCAGAUUUUCGUGUCAGUAGCUAUAUACCUUCAUUAUACAUUCAAAUUCCAAACUUAAGACAAAAAUCUUGUGAUGCCACUUUUUCUUGACAAUCCUUAUCAAACUGGUUCUUAAUUUGUUCUUAUUUUAUUUUUUAGCAAAAAACGAAAAAAAAAACCAAAAGCACUAUCUUUCCAAUAUCUGAACCACUUUAUAUUGCUCUUGGUCCGCGGGUAGUACUUAAAACAUACGUUCAUUUAUGGUGUAGUAGUCGGACCGUUUCUCAUUUUAAUAACACUCGCAUGACUUGAAACCAAUUUAUAACCUACUUACUGGACACAAGGCAUCACAGGCCUGUCGCUUCGAUAAAUUUAUGUACAUUGGUUCAAAAAUUAAAAAAAAAAAAAUAAUAAUAAUAAUACAAAAAAGUGCAACAAAAAAGAAAUGAAGAAGACGAACACCACAAAACGUUCCCCAAAGGAGACAGUGCGCAAAUAUAUUACUUAUAAUUGUUAUCAUAAAACUUCUGGGUACCCGGUUUUUUAUUCUUCCAUUUCCCGAAGAGUGUUUUUGGGUAUUUUUUUUUUUUUGUUUGUUUGUUGUUUUUAUGGAGCUUUGUUUCUUUGUUUUCAGGGAAGAUGAACGGACAAAAAAAAUCGGGUGUGGAAUAAAGUAAGCAAUUGCUUUAUCGACCGUAUUUUAUAUUAAAGUUUAUGUACGUUAAUUGACCUUAAACUGUUGCGGUAUGUUAUCCAUCUUUGUACGGUUUUUUUUUUUGUGUGUUUGCUAUGAAGAAAAUCGAGUGUGAUGUGGAAAGAAAAUAAAUUGAUUCUAACACAAUGGAAGUGUUUAGUUGGAAAAGAGAUUGAGUGACAUUUUCACUAACAAAAAAGGUCUUAUAUUUGGUUUUGUUUUAGCAGGAAUAAAACAAUAAAAUAGAAAAAAAAUAUUUUGAAAUGUUUUUUUUUUUUUUUGUAAUUUCUUGUCUUCUUUGGAUUCAAUAUAUUACAAAAUGCCCAUAAGCCAUAAAAACAAUAUCAUAUCAACAAAUCCGAAACAAAAAUGUUCAAGGAUGUGAGUUACCUGAACUCGGUAAAAAGGCAGUUUGUACCGAAGAUAUGGCUUAUUUUAAAUAUCCGGUCAGUAGUGAACUUUUCAGGUCUGGGGAAUCAUUGUCAUGAUCAUGAUCUACCCAAAUAACAAAUUAGUCUUUGCACUUUGUGCGAAUGUCUCUAAUGACUAAUUUGUGAUUUGGGUAGAUCAUAAUGAGGUUCAAUCACAUUUUGUAUAGAUGAGAUGAAUGCUUUUCAUCAGAUCUUCUCCACUGUGCUUGAAAAGCUCUGCUUCACUUCAGCACAAUCUUUGUUGGACUUGAGUAUCGAAUAUACAUAUUUAAUCUCAUUUUGAUAAGAUGGUAGUGAAAUUUUGGACUUAAGCACCAUUUCGCAGCUACUGAAAAGUUUCAUAUAGUUUUUUAAGGUAGGAUGUAGCUUCUCUUCAAAUUGCAAUUUUCAACAUAGGUACAUAUAUAAUUUUCCUCGUAGGUUUUGUCUGUUUUAAAUAAUUCGUUGGAAUUAUUAUAGCGAUUUGAGUUAUAUGACCUGUAUGUAGAGCCGAGGCUGCUAUUGCUAUAGCUGCUUUUAAUAACUCUGCUCUUCCACUGAGUAGAGAGAGAACAAUUGCGAUUGCUCUUCAAUAUAACUGCUCACUGCUCGAUCCUCAGCCUUACAUAGAUCUAAUCCAAUUCGCUGUAUCAUUUUUUUUUAUAUGGCCAUGGACCUAUCAAGUGAACAAUGAAAAUGUUCAAUGCACUUAAAGACUGUUUUCAUAAUAAAAAUGCUGUCUAUUUUUUGUAACUUCGCUGCUUUUUUUCUCGGCUCUUUAAAAAUUCAUUACUUAUUUGUUCGUCAUAUUUAUAAUGAUUUGAUAAACGAUAAAAAAAGCAAACAUGUAGGAAAAUUUUAACUUGAUGAUGACGAAACAGAGAAGUGCUAUUUGAAUUAUCAUUGCUUCACUGCAGGCAUUUAAGGAGUUAUUUCUUAUUACAAAAUUCGAAAAUGCUAACUUACUUCUUAUUUAUCUUUAAUUCCAUAUUUUCAAUCAUAUUUCAAGAAAAUGUAAAGGGUAAUUUGCGGCAUUAACUUCUAUUUAGAGAGUGAUUUAAUAGCAGCUAUUAAUCGCUGCUUUUUUGUAUCCUGCUCACUCCUAUCACUGCUCUUAAAAAAUCGCUCUUUAACAUAUCCCUACCUAUCCUCGAUUUGGAUGAAAUUUCGAACAUCAUGAAAUCUUGUACUCGCAUGUUUUUUUUUUCCAAGAAUCUUACUGAAAAUAUUUUAGAAAAACUCGUUUUCCUAUGACAUGCGUUCAAAAUAGCAUAAAAAUUGGUGUUAGAAAUAUUUGUUGAAUGCAUUGUAUAAUGUUAAAUCUGAAAAAUAGUCCCCUGUACAAAAAAGUCUGUACAUUUCAGGAUAAAACCAUCAUUGUAAAACCUAUUUUUGCAUGUAGUUUUAAACAUUGAGCUAAUAUUAAGAACUUCUUAUUAUGAAAUUUAAGGAAAUCUAGCCAAAUUGUUGCCAUAUUUCCGAUGGAUUAUUUUCAAUUGAAAGUGCAGUAUUGCAUUCGAUUGGAGUUCAAGUUUUUCUUUUUAAAGUCAAUAACUAGAGGCGUUUAGUAAACAUCCAUUCGUCCAUUCGUAUACCUUCAAUUUUCCAAGCAAUACGAGUCAGCAAAAAUAAAAAUUAAAGAAAAAAACAUCAAUUCAAUGCUCACUAUCAAACUUAUUUCAAGGCUCUAUCCUCUAUAUGCAUGUCAAUCAAAUAAGACAUGAAAAUCGCAGGUAAUGCUGCAUUGGCAGACCCAUCUUACUUUAUGGCUGAAGCAGAUAUUGCAUUUUCUUAUACCGUGUGACUUGCCGCCGCCGCCAUGCCACUUAUCGAUAGUAAUGACAGUUUAAUUGAAAAGCGUAUUUUAAUCGCCAUAAGCAGCUAUGUGGCGCAGAGCACUUAAGUGCAAGAGCAGGCCUUAUGGCAUUUUGAAUUGAGUUUUUUUUAGUUUCUUCUUAAGAACUCCUUGUUUUGCAAUUCCACUUUCAAUUAAGUUAUUUAAUUAGCUAUUUAGGUUUAUUCUUCUACUAUACUAAGUUUUAACUUAAAGGAUAAGAAUAAAGUUAAGCUUACUUUUUGGUUUGCAGACACUACAAGGUCAAAUGGCUAGACGAAGAGUAGGUACCUAUUUUCAAACAUUUUGUUUUUUUUUUUUGUUUAAUUUGCCUUAAAAAUGGUUAAAACUCUAGACUUAACAUUUUUUUUUGAUUUUUGAGGAAAAGAAAUUGGAUGUUAGCCGAAAUUAAUUAGUAGGGAUGUCUACUAAGCUUCAAUGGAGUCGAAUUCAAAUGCAUUCAAACUCAUGGGAGGUAGUCCCUUUUGAAGUCUGAAUAUAAGCUUUUAUGUUAACUCAAAUCUCAUUAGAAUAAAGAUGCAAAUCACUAGCUGAACAUGAUCAUUCAGCUUGUUCCUAAACUUUUAAAAAUAAUGCACAAUAAAAGGAUUUUAAUUUUUAUUUAAAUUCAACUUUACGAAAAUCAAUAAACAGCUGAGAAACUAAAAAUACCCACAAAGAAAUUUGUGAGUAAAAAUUGUUCAAAAUUUAAACUAAACUUUGAAAAUUUAUACUCGCAGCAUCAAACAAUAAUUAUUACAAAAUCGUCAAAAGUUCUUGUUUGAUUAAAAAGCACACUGAAUAUCUCAAUGAUGAUGGUUUAUCCAGAAGAGCCCUUUUGGGCAUUACCCACCGUUCCAGGAUUGUACGAUGAAAGUGACUAUCGUGUUAACGUGGUGGAAGCUCUUCAAGAGUUCUGGCAAAUGAAGCAGGCACGUGGAGCUGAUCUUAAAAAUGGAGCUCUGGUAAUCUAUGAAUCAGUUCCAUCAAAUAGUCAGCCAUAUGUCUGCUAUGUAACCCUGCCCGGUGGAAGUUGUUUUGGAAGUUUUCAAAAUUGUCCAACUAAAGCUGAAGCCCGUCGAAGUUCAGCGAAAAUUGCUCUAAUGAAUUCGGUAUUCAAUGAACAUCCAUCAAGAAGAAUAAGCGAUGAAUUCAUUGAAAAAGCUGUACAAGAAGCUAGAGCAUCAUUUAAAGGUGAUGCUCAAGAAGGUGAUGGCCCCGAUACUGGCAUUGGUGCCUUUAGAUUCAUGUUAGAGGCCAAUAAAGGUCGAACAAUGUUAGAAUUUCAAGAACUUAUGACAGUAUUUCAACUAUUACAUUGGAAUGGCUCUCUUAAAGCAAUGCGUGAACGUCAAUGCUCUCGGCAAGAGGUUGUUGCACAUUAUUCAAAUCGCAGUUUAGACGAUGAUAUGCGUGCCCAAAUGGCUUUGGAUUGGAUUGCUCGUGAACAAGAAAAUCCUGGCGUAUUAGGUAGGGAGCUGGCACAAGCUGAGAGAGAAUUAGAGACUGCACGUUUGGCUGGACGUGAGCUGAGAUUUCCAAAGGAAAAGAAGGACAUACUUAUGUUGGCGCAUACUCAAUUAGGUGGAGGGAAUGCUAUGAAUAGCUAAAGUUAAAAAAGUUUCAAAAACAAAACAAAAUGUAGAAGAGAAAAACACAUCAACGGUAACCCUGAAUAAUGAAUUUAUUAAUUAUAUAAUUUUUUUUACAGCAGUCUUAUUGAUUUUUAAAGGGUUAAUUAAUGUGUUUUUUUUUAUUUAUAUAUUAUUCUUUCAUUUACUUUUAAAGUGCCUAGAGACUUUUCCAUAAAAAGAUGAUCUCAUUGACAGAUAUUAACAGGCACGUGAGCCAAAUUUUUGAAUGUACGAAUGGGAAGAAAAGGCUUAAAGAUAAUAACCUGUUUUCACGAGAGCCAAAAAUUUUGCCAAAAUAUGUCAUUUUGAUUGUCAAAUCGGUAAUUAUUUAAUUUAAAAUUCGAACUGACCUUAUUUGCGAAAUUAUAUCAUUCAGGCUGCAGUAAAAACAGGCUUUUUUGUAUUUUUUUUUUUUAAUUGUUGACGCUUUUCCGCAUUAGUGAUAAUCAAAGAAAUUAUGUCACAAUAGACAUAGGUAAUGUCGAAAUAUCAAAUUCCGUUAUUUUUUUUCUUCUUUUUCAAAAGUGAUUAGAUAUUCAUCCUUUUUCUUACAUGGAAGACAAUGUCUGAAUUUCCGGGUUUUAUCUCUAUCACAAUUCACAUACAUAUUCCAUUGAUUCAGCUGAUUUCUACUGAAUUGUCCCAAAUUAAUUAUUUUGAACUUUAUUGAUAGUUCUUUUAUUCUAUCGCUGUGUUCUACUAUCAUUCAAUCCCUUAGAUAAGUUUUUGUAAGAUUCAACAAUCUAUCAGUUUUUCUGAGCCAAAUUAUUAUUAUCUUGUAUAAUACAAGUUAUAGCUGCUUAGAGUUGUUAAUUUUUUUUUUUUCAAAAUAUGUAUGUAAAAUGAUAGCCAAAACAAAUUAUCACCCCUGUUCUGAUUUUCGCUCCGAAUUGAAUUCGUUACCGAAAUUGAUUUUCGCAGUGAUAUAAAAACGGUAUACCAAAACCUAAACGAAUUGAAAACAUCAAAAAAAUAAAAUUUUAGGACCUCGAUAGGCUUAAGAACACCAUAGUUCGCAAGAAUUAAAAACGAAAUGAAAUACUGGGAACACUUCUUUUUUAAAAACGCAAGUAUUGCUUUCGUAAACUUCGUAAACGAAAAUCAGAACAGGGGUUAACAUCUUCUCUAACAGAAACUUCGUUUCAAAAAGCCCAUUGGCAACUUUUCGUGCAUGACAGAAAUGUCUCAGAUUUGACUUCAUAAAGUUGAAAAAAAAAAUAAAUUAAACAGAAAUGAUUUUUUAAUUAUU